UCCAACUUUGUUUGUGGUUUAUUUGUUGUCAAAACACGAAUAUCGCAAAAACUCAAAUAAUUCCUCGAAAAUGACCAAUUCGGGCCUCAAAGAAGAAGACGUCGACACUACAAACCUCCUCAAGAGUCGCGAAUUUCUCUACCGUCUCAUUAUCAGCCAACUUUUCUACGACGGCCACCAAAGCAUCGGCACUAGUCUCACAGCCGCAGUGCAGGCAGACCCUCCGUGUGCUCCCAGUGAUCGGCUGUUUCAUAUCGUCCUCGCUGGGUUAGAACACGAGCCUGAUCGCAAGGAGAGGCCCCACAAUGCCGGCAUUGGCAACAAUAAUAUUGGUCCAGGGCUCGAUCUCGAGUUUGAAACUGAGUCAAAUAUACCAGCCCCCGAACCGGCAUUGUAUGAGACCGCGUAUGUGACAUCGCAUAAAGGGAAUUGUCGCGCUGGAUGUUUUUCAAGUGAUGGGCAGUUGAUCGCGACUGGGAGUGUGGACGCCAGUAUUAAGAUUUUGGAUGUUGACAGAAUGUUGGCGAAGUCGGCGCCGGAUGAGAUGGACCCGUCGAGGGGGGAACAACAAGGGCAUCCAGUGAUUAGGACGCUAUAUGACCAUAUGGAGGAGGUCACUUGUUUGGAGUUUCACCCCAAGGAGCCGAUUUUGGUGUCAGGAUCCAAGGAUAAUACGAUAAAGAUGUUUGACAUAUCUAAAGCCAGUGUUAAAAAGGCGUUUAAAACAAUCUCUGAAUCUGAACCAAUCAGAGCCAUGUCUUUUCAUCCCGGAGGCGACCACAUGAUUGUCGCCACCAAUCACCCCGUUGUCCGGCUUUACGACGUUAACACUCUCCAAUGCUACGUCUGCGCUUUUCCUUCCCACCAACACACCCAAAGCGUCACUUGUCUUAAAUGGUCACAAGACGCCAGAGUAUUCGCCACUUGCAGUAAAGACGGCAAUAUCAAACUGUGGGACGCAGUUUCAAAUCGUUGCAUAAACACAUUCCAAAAAGCACACGACGGUCUUGAAGUUUGUUCAGUCGCAUUUUCGAAAAACGGCAAAUAUUUAUUAUCGUCGGGGAAAAACUCAAUUUGUAAAUUAUGGGAGUUAACCACAAGCAGAUGUUUGAUUGCUUAUACGGGAGCUGGGACGACCGGAAAACAGGAAUAUGAGGCCCAAGCUGUUUUUAAUCACACUGAGGAUUACGUACUGUUUCCUGAUGAAGCAACGACAUCGUUGUGUGCCUGGAAUUCGAGGAAUGCCUCAAGGAAGCAAUUGAUGUCUUUGGGACACAACGGGGCGGUUAGACUAAUAGCGCAUAGCCCAACUCAAGCCGCGUUUUUGACGUGCUCGGACGAUUUUCGGGCUAGGUUUUGGUACAGAAGAACUCCAACAUUAUAAAUAUGUUAAAAGUUUUGUGUUAUUACAUAAAUAGGCAACCAAUAAUACACCAAUAUAUUUUAAUUAAUCGAAUCACUUGAAGCGUAUUAUCAUAUUUGUGUGUAAUAUUAUUAAACAAGUGGUGUGAGAAAUCAUUUUUCAGGAGUUAGGCAAACAAACUUUUUUAUUAAAUCUU